AUGGCUUAUGAGUUGAGGGAAAGGAAACAAAAGGAUAUUAUUAAUCUAAGCUUUGACAGUGAAGGAGAAAACGAGAGUGACUCUAUCUCGGAUCCUGAUUAUAUCACGACUAGGCUUCAAAGAAACAGGAAUUCUUGCAGAUUAGUUCAAAAUAUGGAUGUUGAGACUAAAUUUCCAGGGGUGGAUGGAAUUUCCAUUGGACGAAAGAGGAGGGGUUGCCUUCCAUGGAAAAGAGCUAAUAAUGGAAAUGGAGAGCUGAAAGAAAAAAAGAGAAAGAUAGUUCUAGGACUUUGUGCAUCCGUUCGGCAAACAAAACCUGAAGAGAAAACAAUAUUAUCAUGGUUGAUAAAGCAUGGAGAAAUCUAUGAGAAUGACAGAGUUCAAUAUACUGUAAACAAGCUGCCAAGGGAGGGAAUUGCGAGAAGGGAUGGUGUGUGGUGUAAGUGUUGCAAUAAGCUUAUGACAGUUUGGGAAUUUGAGAUUCAUGCUGGAAGUAAUUUGAAGAUGCCAUAUGCGAAUAUAAAUGUGAUUCGAACCUGUAGUUCCCUCCUGAAACACCAGAUUCAUCUAUGGAAUGAAAAGAAAAAACCAGCACACCGCAAUUUUAAUCAUGUUGGGCCUAUACCUGGUGCAACUGAUAGUAACGAUGAUGCAUGUCAGAUAUGUGCUGAUGGAGGGGAGUUGAUUUGUUGUGAGAAAUGCCCUUCUACGUUCCAUCCAAGCUGUUUGGAAAUGGAGAGGAUACCCCAAGGGGAUUGGUUAUGCUCUUAUUGUGUGUGCAUCUUCUGUGACGGUGGCAACGGUGAUAUGCUAACGUGUCAACAAUGCGAGAAGAAAUAUCACUGGGAGUGCUUUCUUCAAAGAGAGGAAUUAGAUCUUAAUAAAAAUUGGCUCACCCUUUUUUGUGGGACUAACUGCCAGCAGCUUCAGAGGCUACUAGGAGUAAGACAUGAGAUAAAAAAAGGAUUUUCUUGGACACUGAUCCGGCGUUUGGACCCAUUUGACAUUGAUAUCAAUGAGCAUACAAGAAUGGAAUGCAACUCGAAGGCUACAUUAGCAUUGGAGGUGUUGAAUGAAUGUUUUGUGACUAACACUGAUUGGCAUACUCGAAUAAAUAUUUUACAAAGUGUGGUUUAUAAUAGAGGAUCAAAUUUGUCAAGAAUGAAUUUUAAAGGCUUCUACACUCUAAUACUAGAGAAGAAUGAUGCCAUCGUCUCAGCUGCAACUAUAAGGAUGCAUGGAAAUGACUUAGCUGAGAUGCCUUUCAUUGGAACCCGAGAGCGAUAUAGGUUUAAAGGGUUGUCGAGAAUGCUAUUUGAUGCUCUUGGAUAUGUCUUUUCCUGCAUUGAGGCUAAAGAUAUGAUCAUCCCAUCUCUCCCGGAGCUUGCCAACAUGUGGCAGGAGAAAUAUGGGUUUCGGCCCAUCGAUGAUGUGGUGAAGCCCAAGCUUAUCAACUACAACACCCUCAUGUUUCCAUGCACAGUCAGGCUGCAAAAGACCUUUCCGGACAUCUCUGCUAGUUCCUCUAGAGCUAUGGACAUUGGUGCGAAUGAUGAGAAAAGCUUAAAGCUGGCCCUUCUGGAUUUGAAUCUCGAUCCUCCUGAACCUGCAGAUGAUGAGCUCGCAAAACCAGUGGCAUGGAAUGAGUAG